AUGUGCACGAGUAUCCAAGAACGGUACCUCCAUGAUGGAACGAACAGUCCCAGGGUUGAGGCCAGAGGCAUUGUUGUUGUGUCAGGAACGGCGGUGGCCGGUUUCCCCGCAAUUUCGGUCCCACGGUUGGCGAUGGUGCGAGAGGAUGACGAGCUCGAUGGCGCCACGGGGUUACCAGAGCUAGGUAUCAUGGGAUUCAUGGGGUUUACUUCAUCCGACAGCGAUCGCAGCAAUGAUAUGCACGGCGCUCAGACUCCACGUGGUCGAGCGGGCGUCAUGGCAAAAGGAGGUGUAGGCACUUGA